AUGAAUUCAUCAAGAAAAGUCAAUGUUAGCAAAGAUAAAAAGCGUAAACCAGGUUGUCCUAUACCUUUACCAUCUGGAUUACCUCUGCCAGCUUCUUUUGAGCAAAGCAUUAUAAUGAUGUGCAGUAAUGAGUGUUGCCCAUAUCCAAAGCAACUUAUGCACGUGGAUUGUUUUCAAGCCUUAGAAAAUAAUCUUCUUAAGACACUAAAUCAUAAUUUAAGGUCAACUGGUGAAGGCAGUGAUGAUCAAAGGCAGAUAAAUUUGUGGGAUUCCAAAAGAUUUCCAUUUAUUCAACAUAAAUGUCGUUGUCGUUGUGGUUUAGGAGCUUUGCGACCUGAUCAAACAGAUUUGUGUUCAGCGGGGCAAAAUUAUAAAAAAUUAAUAGUCACUGACCAAAAGAACUCGCCGACUAAACCAAUUGUAUUUACUUCAAGAAAAGUAAGUAGUCAAAUUUCUUACGCAGAAGCAACGGUAGUGAAACGUAACGACAGUGAUUCAAUGUCAAAUAAAAACUAUACGACAUUUAGCAAUGUAAAUUUGUGUAGCCUUGAUUCAAUGUCAAGUUUUCCAAUGUUUGAAUCAGUAGAACUAUCAAGGAAUCCAUCAAAUGUUUCUUGUUCGUACAAGGAACUACAGAAUUCAGUCAGCACAUCGCAAUAUCAUUCACCUAGUUAUGAUGAUAUUUCACGUUGGAGUCACGACAGUUAUUAUCACAUUGAUGCAAAUGGAUUUUUCAUAAGCCCCGUUGAUCUAUCUGCAACACCUUCUGAUAUAACGAGUUCAUUUUACUACGACAAGGACGAAAAAAUAGCAUGGCAUCAAAAGAGUUUAAUGCCUCAAGACGAUGAAGAAUCAACAAGCUACUACGAUUUAUUUAAUGGAUGCUCGUUCAAUCUUGGCGAAAUUCUGAUUUCUGAAACAAGAGAGCAACGUGGAUGGAAAAAAAAUUGGGAAAAAACACCGCAACGAAUGAACACGUAA